CCUGUUGGUGUCAAACCUACAGUUUAAAGCUGAGGUUCUCACGUGAAGGUAGCCAAUAUUCACCAUCUGUCAGAGGAAUAAUAAAAUGGUUGAAGCUUGUAUAAUUAUUCAACACCCACUACAGGCUACAACGCGGUGCUGAUUUAACAUGCUAGAAAUUGGAAGGUUGUCUAAAUUGAGAUUUCAUUAUGACAUGGAUCAUGCAAGAUGCAUCUAUUUAGGACAAGAUUAAUAUUUAAUACUUCCAAUAGUCAGACUUAGAUCAGAUGACAAUUUUUUUGUUUUUGUUUGUUUUUCAGGAUCCCAGUUUGGGAAUAGUGGAAAUAGGAUAGUGCCCUGGAUUUUGACUGGAUGGUGGAGUUAAUGGAUGGGAGAUUAUGCACAUGCAGAUUUGUGCCAGAAGGUGGCAGCACAUUUUAAGGGAAUUGCACAUACUGUAUGCAUGAAUUCAAUCUGCCUGUUUGCUGAGUGUACUGUACAGUACUAUGUCCCCCUUAAUCAAAGUAGUUGACAUUUAUCACAGUGCAGUAUUUCUUGUUGAAUCUGGCUCUCACCUUACAUUUAACCUUACGUAUUCCAUUAUUUCUUGUAAUACCAUAUCAUGCUGCUGCCACAGGUUGUGAGACUAGCUUAGUAAAUAAAGCUGUGGAUUUCUCAUUUGGCUUGCCCGGGAUUGGCUGUAGAGUCCUUCCCAGCAUGCAGUGUGCCGUGAAGAAUUACGGCUGGGUGAAGCCUCCCAGAGCGCACCCUUAUUCCUCAGCAGAGAUGAGCUCCAUAUCCCUGAACACCCCGGUGCUAAUGCUGUGAGUGACAUUUCCGGGUGCAGUCACUGAAGGAGGAACCAGAGCUUCUGCAGUAGGAAAAUAUUUCCAUCUCUGUCAUAGAAAGAGGCUGUAAUGUUAUUCAAACCAAUGCAAAGGUUUGUUGUUGGCAGCAGCAUAUUGAAAUACUUUUUCUCAUGCAUUUAUCAACCUUAUACAUUUAUUAAUAGUAACAGUUGUUACACUUGAAACACUUACAGUAUAGUUGAGCUCCUGGUUUGAUGAAUGGUGUCUUUUGCAAACAUUAUUUGAAUGAAUUUUGUAUUGUCAUACUGUACAUAUCUAUCUAGAGCUUAAUACGCUGCCAGCUACUUGCAUCCUGCCGUGUGCUGUUGUCAUUCACCACUAUGUCACUGGGGCUCCUGGUCCUGCUAAUGGAGAACUACAGGGUCUGCUCUGUUUGUUUUCGCCUGUUUUGACCCAGCAAACCAGGUGAGAUAAGUUGUCUGUGUAAUCAACCACUUUAAUUGAUCCGUUCAGUGCUCAGUGACAACUGAAAGACACUGGAUGUCCAGGGCCUGACCUGGGGACUCCUUGGUGUACCAUAGAGGUUUGUAGUGACUUUGCUUGUGUACAGAUGCUGUUGACUUUUAUAUGUACUGUAUAUGCAUAUACCAGCAGGGAAUUGAGACCUGACUCAUACUUCACUAAUGACUUCUUAUUUAUCUAUUUGUCAGGUCCUGGCCACAGUAACUUACAAGGUCAUGUGUGGCAAGAUUUGCAGAGCGCUUUGCAUUAGAGAUGAAAAAUCUGGGGCAUUAUGGACACAAAUCAAGAUAAAGCACCGAGCCGAAGUGGGGCAAAGAUAAGAUUCAGCCAAUCUGAUACCAGGACAUAGAGAGUACAGAAACCAUUUCAUUAGAAAAGCCUCCCCUAAGGUCAUAUUUAUGAAAGUUAUAGGCUUUUAUAGAGCCGUAGCAUUAGCUCUGCUGUGUGCAGUAGCACUGUGAUGUUUGGUGCCAGGGUGUUGAAUGCAGCUCCGGAGAGUGAGAACCUUAGUCAUGGACAGUAAACCAGGGCUCUUUCGCUUUAGCUACCGUGUCCUUGACUUGUCUUCUUGCUAAUGUACCUGAUGUCCAUAAGACUGAUAGCCAGUUAAAUCACAUGGACCAUUGUGCUAUAUAUAGACAGGGACUGCUUGCAUGCAAGAGUGCAUAGAAUCCCAAAUAUACUACAGCCUCAUUCACCUGAGUUAUGUUCCACACACAAUGCAGUAGGUAUUGGCUUAGGUAUUUGCCAGGGUUGAGCUCUGUUUUUACUGUUACUGCCUAUGCAUGCAGUUUGUACCUGAUUGCUGAGAAAUGGUACACAAGUUGGCCAUAAUUAGGGUGUAAAAAUAGUGGACCUCUUACUGUUUUCUGCAGAUGGUCAUUAAUAAAGUUGCUCUGUUUGACCUUAAGUGUCCUUUAUAAUUCAUAUUUGCAUAGGUAGUCAUUUCUAACUUUUUGAACAUUUUUUCCCUUACAAAACUUCAGUCGAAUCACUUCAUCUGUAUUCUCCGAGUCUAAGGAGCCAAAUGAAAUUUGAUGGCAUUUGCGAAGAUUAUUUGUACUCCCUUGUUACCAGGAAAGCCUUGCACAGCAAUGAAGGCUUCCAUAGGAUAAGUGUCUCAUAUCCCCAAGACAAGUGCUUAUAAUUUCUGCAGAGCUUCCGGCAGGAUGGGUUGUACUGAGCGGCAAGGAGCACAAUGCCGGGUCAGACCAGCUGGCUCUUACGCCCUGGGGAUUGUUGGAGCCGGUUCCAGAGAUAAUGGUUGUUGCUGAGAGCCAUUCAGGCUGCCGUUGAAAGCCUUUUUUUUUCACGUUGGCCACAUCCGGGGCGAGAGAGGCAUCCGACCAACCAGGUUUCUAACCUCCUACCAUUGAGAAGGAGAGAGAGGGAGAAGAGGUGCUCGCCAUGAGUUAUCUCUGCCCUCUGAAUGGACCAAGCAGGAUUGGGCCAAGGAUUGAGGAGAGGCCAUGCUCCAAUACAGAGGAGAUCUCCAUCGACAGUGCCUUCGCAUCGUGGACUGAAGACGAGGGUCCUUUUGAUCCAACCCAGGAGCACCCCAGCACAUCGCCUCGGUCUAAAGAUGAUGGCAUUCUUAAAGAAAUCGACAUCAGCCACCAUGUCAAAGAAGGCUUUGAGAAAGCAGAUCCUUCACAAUUUGAACUGCUCAAGGUAUUAGGUCAAGGUUCUUAUGGAAAGGUGUUCUUGGUGAGGAAGAUCAAAGGUCCAGACACAGGGCAGCUCUAUGCCAUGAAAGUGUUGAAGAAAGCCACACUGAAAGUGCGGGACCAGGUGCGAUCAAAGAUGGAGAGAGACAUACUGGCAGAAGUCAACCAUCCCUUUAUUGUGAAACUGCAUUACGCCUUCCAGACAGAAGGGAAGCUAUAUCUCAUUCUAGACUUUCUAAGAGGGGGGGACCUCUUCACUCGACUCUCCAAAGAGGUGAUGUUUACAGAGGAGGAUGUGAAGUUCUACUUGGCUGAGCUGGCCCUGGCUUUAGAUCACCUCCACAGCCUGGGCAUUAUCUACAGAGACCUCAAACCGGAGAACAUCCUUCUGGAUGAAGAGGGCCAUAUUAAGGUCACAGAUUUUGGCCUGAGCAAAGAGGCAAUCGAUCACGACAAGAGAGCGUACUCCUUCUGUGGUACGAUUGAGUACAUGGCCCCUGAGGUGGUCAACCGAAGAGGACACACGCAGAGUGCAGACUGGUGGUCCUUUGGUGUGUUAAUGUUUGAAAUGCUGACGGGAUCGUUGCCCUUUCAAGGCAAAGACCGCAAGGAGACCAUGGCUCUCAUUCUUAAGGCAAAGCUGGGUAUGCCUCAGUUUUUAAGCCCAGAAGUGCAAAGUUUGUUGCGGGCCCUUUUUAAGAGAAAUCCUUCUAAUAGACUGGGUGCCGGGCCAGAUGGAGUUGAGGAGAUCAAACGGCAUCAUUUUUUCAGCACGAUAGACUGGAAUAAACUGUUCAGGAGAGAAAUCAAGCCACCCUUUAAACCUGCUGUGGGGCGACCUGAAGAUACCUUCCACUUUGACCCUGAAUUUACCUCACGAACACCAACAGAUUCCCCCGGCGUCGCCCCCAGCUCCAACGCCCACCAGCUCUUCCGCGGGUUCAGCUUUGUGGCCACAAACCUGGAUGAGGAGCUCACCCAGACUGACCAGAACACUGUCAACCCUAUCGUACAGCAACUACAUGGAAAUAACAUCCAUUUCACGGAUGGAUAUGAAAUGAAGGAGGAUGUUGGCAUUGGAGCAUAUUCCAUCUGUAAGCGUUGCAUUCACAAAAUAACCAGCGUGGAGUACGCAGUCAAAAUCAUAGACAGAGCACGGAGGGAUCCGUCAGAAGAGAUUGAGAUCCUGCUGAGAUACGGACAGCAUCCCAACAUCAUAACUCUAAAGGAUGUGUAUGAUGAUGGAAAGUACGUGUACCUGGUAAUGGAGCUAAUGAGGGGCGGGGAGCUUCUGGACAGGAUCCUGCGGCAGAAGUGCUUCUCAGAGCGGGAGGCCAGCGCUGUUCUCUGCACCAUCACCAAAACUGUGGAGUAUCUGCACUCACAGGGGGUAGUCCAUCGAGACCUGAAGCCAAGCAACAUCCUCUAUGUGGAUGAAACUGGAGACCCGGAGUCCAUCCGUAUUUGUGAUUUUGGUUUCGCUAAGCAGCUGCGGGCUGAGAACGGCCUGCUCAUGACGCCUUGCUACACAGCAAACUUUGUGGCCCCAGAGGUCCUUAAGAGGCAGGGAUAUGAUGCAGCCUGUGACAUCUGGAGUUUGGGGAUCUUGUUGUACACGAUGCUUGCUGGGUUCACCCCAUUUGCUAACGGUCCUGACGACACUCCAGAGGAAAUUCUGGCACGUAUCGGCAGCGGGAAGUACGCACUUUCAGGGGGGAACUGGGACACUGUGUCCGAUGCAGCAAAGGACGUAGUGUCUAAAAUGCUCCAUGUUGACCCCCACCAGCGUCUAACAGCUCCCCAGGUCCUAAGGCACCCCUGGAUUGUGAACAGAGAACAACUUUCACAGAGCCAGCUCAUCAGACAGGAUGUACAGCUGGUGAAGGGAGCGAUGGCUGCUACGUACUUUGCUCUGAAUCGAUCCCCUCAGGCCCCAAAGUUAGAACCCGUGCUUUCCUCUGGCCUGGCCCAGAGACGAGGGAUGAAGAGGCUCACGUCCACACGCUUGUAGCAUAUGCUCAGUACCCAAUGACCAACCAAGUGCCCUCACAUCUUCUAUAGGUAUUGGCUUGAGUUUGACCACAUGACUAACACCCAUUGGCAACAGCGACCACAGCUGUUGCGCAGAAUGCAGUGGAAUAUUGGUAUGCAUAACAGACAUGCGCAAUUACGGGGACCCAGCCACAUUCCAUGCGAUGACCUUUUUGUCAGGUACUGCACCCAAGACAUCAUCCUGACUCUUUUCUCUAUCUGCAGAGAUACGACUUGAUGAAACAUGAUAAGCAAAAGAUCUCCACAGUAGUCUCCUUAGAAGAAAAAGCACAACCUCAGUUUAACCUUAAAUUACAAACCAUGAAAAGCCAACAUUAAUUCAAAGGGUUCUUCCAAUCCAGUGAAGAGGAAACCUAGCUUUUGCCAUCUAAACUUUUUAGGCCUUGUAUUUUUAUACCAGCUACUAAUAAUUUUUAAAGUGCCGUCUGCAUACAUUAUAAUGUCCUAAGCUUUGUUACAUGCACUGUUCUCUCUUGGACCCACAUGAUGGAGUUCAAUUUAAAUCAGAAUUAUGUGUGGCUCUAACCAGGGAGCGUGAGGAUAAACAGAAAAGAUAUUGAUGAAAUACUGAUGAUUUAUACAGGCUGUAGCAUACAGGGUUUACUGAAUACCUGUGUAUAAUGUUGAAUAUUGUAUAUGUGUCCUUUUCAUAUGUUCCUCUGUCCUACUGCAUUUUAUAUGUAGGAACCACCAAGCCUACAUGUUAGAAGCCUUUAAUUAGAACAAUGAGUACUUAAUUGUGUUUUCCCUUCUAAAAAUAUAUGCAUGUUAUGAAAUGUUUUCACAGUCAGUCUUACCAAUAUUGCACUUGUGACACAACCUCAGCAUCUGCCAAACUUUGCAGAUAGUGUGAAACAGUUUAUGUCUUUAAUAACAUUUUUUUGCUCAUACUAAUAGUUCUGUCAUAGUCACUCGUCCAGGCAAGCUAGCAAUGACUAAAGAGUCCAGAAGUGAUCCUUUGAACUUCCUGUUACAUCAGGUUGCUCAGCCACAUUUUGAUAGAUUUGGCAUUGGUAAUGGGUUCUAGUAUGAGCAAAGCAAGGAGCAAUGUCAGACCCACUUGGUUCUUAGCUAUGCUUAUUGGACAGGGAUCUGGCUUCCAAGCACAGAUAAUAACAGGUAUUUAGUGAUUGCACUGUGAGUUUAGUAAAUUAAUUUAAAAAGUUAGUUUUCAUUACACUUAUGUAUUUUUCUGAUAUAGAAAUUCUAGGCAAUGUACAGUAGUUCUCCUUUUAUGUGGGGAAGCUAUGCUAAAAUGUGUUGUAAUCUAUAUGUACUGUACAGUAUGUCAGUUGUAAUGGUACUCUCGUGGGAAUCAAAAUGACACUUAUCUUCGGGAUAAACACAGAAACGUAGACAUACAGCAGCCACACUUUGCGUGUAUAUUGGUGUACAUAGUUGUCAACACUGAAUGUGUCACUAUACUUCAUUGUCAAACCAAAUGUAUUUAAAUUGAAAAUGCAUCUUGAAAUAUGCACAGAGUAUUCAUAAAUUAUGAAUAAAUAUGUCCACACUGAACGUGACGGCUACAAGAUGAUAUGUAUUCAGCUGCAUUAAACUGUGUAACAGUUAAGACCGAACUCAGUUCUCCCCUAAUACUUUCAUCAAUCAUUUAAUAUUUUCUGUUUGAACCAUUUUUAAAUGACUUUUUUAUUUUAAAACCUAAAUGUGUCUUUCAGCACAGCGCAAAGGUCAGACUACAAGAAAUUGAAUUCUGUCAAUACAAUAUUGACUUUCCUCACAAAGUUUCCCUGAUUUUCCUGUAUUACUGAUAUCAUAGCAUGCCUACUGAGAUAAAAAAAAAUCCUGCUUUUUGCUUUUGUAUUAUGUAAUCAACAGCCUGUAGUGUGCAAGAGGAUGGUGUAUGUUGUCUGUUUUUUUGUUUGUUUUUUUUAUUUUAGAAAAGAAAUGUUAUUUAUCUUUUAUAAUAUUCCAGAGGGAUAUUUCACUGUGGCCUAGUUGCAAUGAAACAUGAGCUGUGUGUCAAUUUGGCGUUCUCACACAUUUAGUAUUUUGCUGCUGAUCACAAUCACACUACCCUCAAAUUCAGGUUACAUUGAAUUAAGCAUGGAUUCAACUUCUAUUUCCAAAAAAUAAUAAUAAUAAUAAUAAU